AUGCUCGGCAAACUCCUCCUCACAAUCGAUGCGAUCGGUCUGCUUUUCGGCGCCCCCAUCGCCGACUACAACCACACGCACAUCUUUAACCCGCGCUGGCCGCCCCAUGCCAAAUUCCACGGCGCCCAAACAAUCACCCUCUCCGUAAUCCUCGGCCUCGCAACCCUGUACUACACCUGGCGCAUCCCCUCUUCUCCUACCUCUAAUAAAACCCCGCAGACCGCCGUCACAACAACGGCGCGGGCGUACAAACUCGACUCCCUCCGAACAGCCGUGUUCACAGGCACUAUCUACUGGCUAGCCGGGCUGGCGUCGAUUCUGUACCCCGGAACAGACGGGAUUGAUCCAGAGUUUGGGCCGUCGGGGUUUCCGCAGGCGGGGAUUUUUAUUGGGUUUGGGGUUUGUGGGGUGUUGGGGGGGUUGGUGGAGGGGCUUUUAUCCAUCCGCAUCAAUGGCGCUGACUGCGGCGUCGAGGCCCUCAUCCUCGGGGUCAUGACCUCGAUCGGCGGCUUCCUCUUCGGCUACGACACCGGGCAGAUCUCAGGCAUGCUGCUCUUCAGCGACUUCAAGACCCGUUUCGGCCAGGAAGACACACCCUCGGGCCGCGACUUCACGCCCAUCAUCGAGUCGCUUGUGGUCUCGCUUAUGAGUAUCGGGACGUUGUGUGGAGCUUUGACGGCUUCGUACACCGCCGACUGGUGGGGCCGCCGUAAAUCCCUCUCCUUCGGCGUAACCAUCUUCAUCCUCGGCUGCAUCAUCCAGCUCACCGCGACCUCCUCCUGGGUCCACAUCAUGAUGGGCCGGUUCGUCGCCGGCCUGGGCAUCGGCAACCUCUCCGUCGGCGUCCCCAUGUUCCAGUCGGAAUGCUCACCCCGAGAAAUCCGCGGUGCCGUCGUCGCUUCUUACCAACUCCUCAUCACCCUGGGGAUUCUCGUCGCGAACUGUGUGAACCUCGGGGUAAGGCAGAUCCAGGAGCAGGCCGCGUCGUGGAGGGUGGUGGUCGGGUUGGGGAUUGCGUUUUCGUUACCGUUGGGGCUGGGGAUCCUUGUGGUGCCGGAAUCGCCAAGGUGGUUGGCGGCGAGAGCGAGGUGGGAGGAGGCGAGGUUGUCGAUGGCGAGGUUGAGGGGGAUGAAGGAUGAGCCGGAGCAUGAUCUGGUGGAGGAUGAUAUGCGGGAGAUGAAGGAGAUUUUGGAGAAGGAACGGGCUGUGGGGGUGGGGACGUGGGGGGAGUGUUUUGUUCCGAGGGAGAAUGGCGUGCCGAAACAGGUGUAUCGGACGUUGUUGGGGGUUACGAUUCACUUUUUGCAGCAGUGGACGGGGGUGAACUAUUUCUUUUACUAUGGCGCGACGAUCUUUGAGUCGGCGGGGAUUGACGACCCGAUCCAGACGCAGCUGAUCCUGGGUGCCGUCAACGUGGCCAUGACGUUCUUUGGGCUGUACGUGGUGGAACGGUUUGGUCGGCGCUGGCCGCUGAUCAUUGGGGCGAUUUGGCAGGCUGCGUGGUUGGCGGUGUUCUCGUCUAUGGGCACGGCGUUGAACCCGGAGAACAACAGCACGGCGGGGAUCGUGAUGAUUGUUGCGGCGGCGCUGUUUAUUGCUUCGUUUGCCAUGACCUGGGGUCCGAUCUGCUGGGUUGUCAUUGGCGAGACGUUUCCGCUGCGGACACGUGCGAAGCAGGCGUCGAUUUCCACGGCUGGUAACUGGCUGGGUAACUUUAUGAUCUCCUUCCUAACCCCCCUCGCCACCUCCGGCAUCUCCUACGCUUACGGCUUUGUCUUCGUCGGCACCAACAUCGCCGCGGCCCUCGUGACCUACUUCUUCCUCUACGAGUCCGUCUCUCUCUCACUCGAGAAUGUCGACGCCAUGUAUGCCCAACCUCAGCUCAAACCCUGGACGAGCCGCGGCUGGGUGCCCGAAGGCUAUGUUACACGUCUUCAGCGGGAUGAGGGGUACUUUAGGAGGCGUUCGAGUGCCGGCGUUGGUGCUGGUGCUGCGGGUAUGGCUGGGCACGAUGACGAUUUGGAUGAUCGGACCACGGCUGUUCCGAGCGGACGACCCAGCCGUGGUGUUGACGAUCGUGGAGAGAAAUUGGAAAAGAGGAGGAGCGGUUCUGACCGCGGGGAUAUGGCAAGAGACAGCCACGAGGAAAAGGUCAACCGAACAGUGUAG